GCCCCCACCCCGGAAUUUGCAGAAGUUUGUCAUGCAAAGUUUCCAAAUGAAAGCUUUUUGUGUUCGCAUAAAAGGAUUACGAGCGUUAGUGAUGCAGAAUCUGGCUCUAGGUGCGCAAGCGCAAGGUGCCUUGUGCAUAACAGAUCCAGCUGCUGUUGGGCUACUUCGCAACACAAAUUUGACCUAUUCAGCAUGGAAAACUUGUGAUGCUGAGAUAUGCGAGACGGGGAAUGUUUCUGUUGGAAAGGUUUGCAAUACAAAUGCUGCCAAGCUGGGGGGGUGGGGGUAUUUUUCAUUGUAA